UUCCCAUGAUUAUAGAUGGCGCUAAUUUCAAGAUGUCAACCUCCAUGUAUUGAAUUGUUUACCAACACUGUGAAUUUGUAGCAGGCUACAAAAACUGAUCAUGUUCCAGCGGAAAUCUUCCUUCAUGUGAUUUCGAAGAAUUAUUUGAAGGCAGAAGAAAAUGUCAGCAGUUGAUGACAGUCCACCUAGUCCUGACUCACAGGAAUCAGAGCCGAAACUGACCAAGGCACAGUUGGCUCGGAUUGAGAGAAACAGGCAAAGAGCUCUCCUGCUUAAACAGGCACGCUUACAGAGCAGGCCUUAUCCAGAGGGGAACCCGGACAAACACAAAGUUAAGGCACCGCCUCGUGAGAUCGAUUCUGGUGGAGGGUUCUACAUCGAAGAAGAUGAUGAAGCUUUGCAAAAUGUACACAAAAACAUCGUUCAUCCUGAAGGUCCUGUGUUGGCAGUCGACAACUUAGUGUGUGAUGGAUGUGGGAAGGAGUUUAUGGAGUCCUUCCUCCUCCAGUACUUUGAUGUCACUGUGUGUGAUGUCUGCAGACAAGAUGAGGAAAAGUAUGGCUUGAUUACCAAAUCAGAUGCAAAGAAGAGGUUUCUCCUGAAAGACUGUGACUUUGAUAAAAGAGAACCGCCUCUAAAGUUCAUCAUCAGGAAGAAUCCUCACAAUGAAAGAUGGGGGGAUAUGAAGCUGUACCUGGAGACUCAGGUUUCAGCUAGGGCCAUGGAGGUGUGGGGGGAUGAGGAGACGCUGGAGGAACAACAUGAGAAGAGAGGUCAGAACAGAGAGAAGUCCAAACAGAAGAAGUUUGACAAGAGAGUUAAAGAGUUGAGGAUGGCAGUCCGAAGCAGUUUAUGGAGGAAAGAUUCCGGAUCCCAUGAACAUGAGUUUGGUGAGGAAACCUACGAUGAGGAUGAAGAUAUGUACUCGAAAACAUGCAAAUCCUGUGGACAUGUGAUGACAUAUGAAAAGAUGUGAUGAAACUUGAAACAAUUUCAUGUAAAGAUGAUGAAGAACAUGAUGCACAUGGAUGGGCAAUACACACAUCUAAAUGCUUGGUAUUAUUCCUGGGUGCUGUGUAUUUAGACACUGGUUAUGUCUUUAUAUCAUGCAUGUCAAAGAUGUUCUGAAAUGGCAUCAAAAUGAUUAUCCUCUUGAAGGGAACUAUGUAGAAAUUUGGAGAAUUGGAACGUCACUUUAAGUUAAUCUGUGGAGGGUGAUGGCAUUGAUUUCUGGCAAUUGUUAUUUGUAGAUACAUAAAUUUGUUCAUGCUGCUUGCUCAGGGACAAUAUGAAAUUGUGACAUCUUUUCAUUUAACAUACGGGUCACCUGAAGACACAUUUUCAUGUGCUAUGCUAGAUAUUGAAAUAGUUUUGCAGUUGCCAUUACACAAGCAGUGGAUCAAUAUUUUAUGAAGGUCAUAUUGUUUUAAUCAGUUCUGGUGUAAUGCUUAGUCACUGAACUCACCUUCCCCUUCAUCUUCAUCAGUUUCCAUUGAUAUUUUUAGAUACAUGAAAUUAUUCAUGGAACAUAAAUUUUCUCAAGGACAGAAUGAAAUUGUUACAGCUUUUCCUCCAUGAACACCCGACCAGUCUGACUGCAGUUCUGCUGGUUUGUAAUUCUUAUUCCACAGAAGAAUAGUCCUGAAUAGUCAUGGAAAAAACCCUUUGGUCUUUUGUCUUUGCAUAUCAUUAAUUUGUGUUUGCUGCAACUGAGGGUGGUUUAAAGUAAGUAUGAGAGUAUGUUGAUGAAUAUGGAGAGCUCUUGAGACAACACAAUGAGAAGUGUCAACAAAGAAUGGUCGUUUUAUUUCUAACAGUACAAUUUAUGGGGCAGGACGAACAACAUGCACAAAACUUGCAGUGUCCGACAGAGGCUACCAGAGGAAGGUGGUGAAGUGAGGCUGACACUUGGGCAGCAGAUGGGCUGGAUUGACUGGUCAGUUCGUCCCUUCAAGUCCCUGUCUUGCCUUUCUUCUGGUCUGUCCGCUCGCUGCUGGCCGGUUCUGCUCUAUUUUAUUGUUCUGCCUGCUUUUAAAGGCAGAUGAGUGACGAAAAAAACUGCAUUGGUCUGCAUUUUUCACAGACAUAAUCUUUAAGUCGGCAGUCUUCAUGGACAUUCUCUUCCUUGCAGGCCAUAUUUUGACAGAUUGACAGUAAAAAAAGUUUACUUGUAUAAUUAUGUAUAUAAUAAAUUAAUUCCACCAUCGUCAUCAUCAUCAUCAUCGCUACAACGGGAUCGGGUGGUCAGGCUCGCGGACU